AUGUCGGAGAUUGAGCAUCGCGUCAUGAUGUCGAAUUAUCAACUUAUACGUCAUGGGGAUCACGACACCUUGAAAACGAUGAUCUGGAAGGCGAUUGAUGAGGGCCUCGAGGGACUGGUGCUAAAGGAUAUUGAAUCAACUUACGAACCAGGAAAGCGUCAUUGGCUUAAGCAAGGCCGAAUGGCUGAUACCGCCGAUCUCAUCGUUCUUGGUGCCUAUUUUGGUACUGGCAGUAAAGGUGGCAUGAUGUCAGUGUUCCUCAUGGGUGUGUACGACGAGGACACGAAAUCUUAUCGAACGGUCACCAAAUGUGGCAACGGACACACAGACGACGCCCUUGAAGCUAUAAAUAAGAAGCUCAAAGAUCAGAUGACUCGUAUCGACCGCGACUAUGACCGUCUACCGAAGUGGCUGCAUUGUUCUCGAAGUCUCGUGCCAGAUUUUGUAAUUAAAGACCCUCAAGAGGCUCCAGUCUGGGAAAUUACAGGAGCAGAGUUCUCCAAAUCAGAAAACCAUUCCGCUGGUGGUAUUUCCAUCCGCUUCCCACGGGUGACGCGUAUUCGAAAUGAUAAGGAUUGGAAGAGUGCUACCAAUCUGGCGGAGUUGAAGAAGCUGUAUGAGUGCUCGAAAACGAAAACCGAUUUUGAUCGUUCGACGGAAGACGAAACUCCAUUGUAUGUAAAAGAAGGCAUGGAUCAUGGCGAUGUAGAGGAAAUGGUUGCGGAAUCCGUUGAAGCCCUUAUUGAGACUUCUGGAACAGGCAAGAGGAAGCAUAAGGAGGAGAAUGAGGAGAAUGAACCUGAAACUGUAGAGGCUAAAAAGCCGAAAACGGAAGAAGCGGAAGAAGAUGCUGAGCAAUGCCCGCCCGGAAAAACGCCAUGCAAAUAUGGCGCCGAGUGUUACCGUAAAAACAAGGAUCAUAAAGAAGAGUUCUGGCAUCCACCGAAAUAA